AUGGAUGUUCUUGUCUGUUUGGGAUGGUCACGCUGGCGAGCUUUGCGGAGAAGUCAGAAUCGCUGGUCUUUAGCUGAGACUGUCGCUCCUGUGCUUGCUGACACAGGGCUUUUCGCUGCCAGCUCUGCUGUAGUAAUGUGGGCAUGGUUUUACCUCCCAGAAAGGCUUCCUAGAUCCUAUGGAAAGUGGAUUGGCGAGGUGGCGAAGGUGGACAUUCGACUCAUUGAAGCACUUCGACGGGCCAGGCGAGGGAUAUUCGUAUAUGGAAAAGAGACUGGCCAGGCGCGUCUUCUUGAGUCUAUGUGCAAGGAUUACAACUGGCCUAGAGAGUGGGGAGACCCAAGCAAGACCAUUCCCAUCCCCUGCGAAAUGGUACACAUGGGUUGCGGUCCCAAUUGCGAAAAACACGCUGCUUGGCGAUUUGCUAGAACAUUUAAAUUCGCUUGUGCAACCUAUAUUCCGCUGCAAGUUGUCUUCCGUCUGCGAUCAAUGAAAACGAUGUCGUCUCUCUGGCGGGCCCUGGCCGAUGCCCUACGGUCAUCUACCUUCCUUGCUUCAUUUGUGAGCAUUUUCUACUAUUCUGUGUGCCUGGCCCGAACGAGAAUUGGUCCAAAGAUCUUCAGCCGGGAAACGGUGACACCACAGAUGUGGGACUCUGGCCUCUGUGUCGGGGCCGGGUGUCUCAUGUGCGGAUGGAGUAUAUUGGUUGAAAGUGCGCGGAAACGACAGGAGAUUGCGCUGUUCGUGGCACCAAGAGCCGCCGCAACUGUGUUACCCCGUUAUUAUGACAAGAAGUAUCAAUCCCGAGAGCGCGUCACUUUUGCUCUCAGCGCUGCUAUCCUUUUCACCUGCCUUCGUGAACGACCCAGCAUGGUUAGAGGUGUUUUCGGAAAAAUUGCAAAAAGCGUGUUGAAGUGA